ACUGAGAAAUCGCACUCAGUCUUUCUGAAAAUUCAAGAUGUUAAAGCUAGCAUCGUUUAUUCUAUUAGCACUAAUAGCCAGUGAUGUGGCAAGUUCGGAAGAGGAUCCACUCAAAGAGCAAUGUGCAGGAUACUGCUUCCAUGCCAUCCAGCCGAUGAUGGAUUACUUGACUGGCCGCCAGGACACCAAACUAAUGCAGACUCAGGCCAAACUAGAACAUUUGGAGCACCAACUGGCCAGCUUGCCUCGGAACGAGGCAUCCACCAAGUUCCGGCCGUUACCCACCUACAAGGUCCAGCUGCCAAACUAUGUGAAAAUCGGUGAAAAGUCAUAUUAUAUUGAGGAACGUGAGAAGAUCGGUUUCUUCGAUGCGGCCAACCUCUGCCGGCAAAUGGGUGGUGAUCUGGUGAGCCUCCAAAGUAUGAAUGAGAUGAAGGCGUUGACAGAGCACCUUAGCCUGGUGGAUUACUACUGGACGGAUAUUAACGAGUGGGGCAAUCCAAACUCCUACGAGUAUCGCUCUCUGACUACCGGAUUUGAGCCAAAUUUUAUAAAAUGGGCUCCGGGACGACCCAAUCAUGCGUUUAAUGAGCAUUGUGUUGUAUUGAAAAACAAUACCAUGAUUGAUAAAGCUUGUCAUGAAAAAAUGUAUUUUAUUUGUCAAUCAAGGGAUUAAAUAAAAUACCUAUAUAAAAACUA